AAUACUCUAAAUUUCUUUAAAAAAAGAAAAGAAAAAUCGAUGGAUGAUCCACACAGACGAGGAGGAGGAGGAGAAGAACGCUGCGGCGGCGGCGACGACCGGUCAGCUCCCGAGUCUAUCCUCCGCAAUUCGCAUCCCUCCGAUGACUCUGUCCCCGUGUCCGACCCUCACUAUCAUCAUGCCCACAGUCACGAUAACAAAAGCAGAGGUAAUCCCUCGUACGCUGACCACUAUAACCGCCAGCAGGAGCGUCGCCGUCACCACCAUAGCUUCAAUUCCGAACCCAAUGACUACCCAGCAGCUGCCCGGGUAGACAGUAAUUUCACUUGUCAUUCCCUCUCACCCUGCUCCUCCUCCUCCGGAGUCCGCAAGAGGCAGUUUUCACACUCCAAUGACUCCCUCCAACUCCAAGGGACUUCUGCUCCUGAUCAUUAUGGUAAUGGCUGCAGAAUUGUGAAGCUAUACGUAGCCGGAGUUCCAAAAACAGCCACGCGAGAAGAUAUUGGAUCUGUUUUCGCAGAACAUGGCAAUAUUGUCGAGAUUGUUCUUAUCAGAGAUAAAAGGACUGGUCAACAAGGAGAAUGUUGCUUUGUGAAGUAUACAACAAUAGAGGAAGCUGACAGAGCCAUUCGAGCAUUACAUGAUCGAUAUACAUUUCCUGGGGGAGUGGCUCCUCUGACAGUCAGAUAUGCUGAUGGGCAAAAGGAACGCUAUGGUAGCUUUGACCAGCAAUUGUUGAAAUUGUACGUCGGUUGUGUGAACAAACAAUCUACAGAUACAGAAAUUGAAGAAAUAUUUUCUCGAUUUGGAAUUGUUGAAGAUGUCUUCAUUGUGCGGGAUGAAAUGAGACAACAUCGGGGAUGUGCAUUUGUUCAGUUCUCUCGUAGAGAAAUGGCAGUUGCUGCAAUCAAUGGCCUACAUGGCAGCUACAUCAUGAGGGGUUGUAAUCAGCCAUUAAUCGUUCGUUUUGCGGAUCCUAAGAAGCCUAGGUUGGGAGGUCCAAGGGCUGCAUCGUAUUUGGAUGAUCGAGUAGCUGUUGUGCAUAAUGAUUUCCAUCCUUCAACAUAUAAUAGAUGCAAGCCUGAGUUAGCAUGUGCCAGCAACGCUUCAGAGAGCAUGCCGAAUUCCUCUUUGUCUUGUUCAUCUUUUGGAGCGAUUACUGGCAUCGACUCCUCUGUGGAAUGCGAGUGGAGUGAACAUAUGUGCCCUGAUGGAUGCCCAUAUUAUUACAAUUGCGUAACAAGCGAGAGCAGGUGGGAGAAACCUGAGGAGUAUGCACUGUAUGAACGGCAGCUUCUAAAGCUGGAGGAGCAGCCACAGGUGGGUACGUCCAUGUCUUGUUUGCAGGCGUUGAAGCAAAAGCUUAGGAGUCGCUGUAUUCUCCAGAUUCUGCAAGAGCAGAAUCUGGCCACAGAGCCAAACAAGGAGUCGAAAUGGGAAAGAAAUUCUUUCUGCUUGCUUUGGUGAAUGGAAUCAAUGAGAGGGGACCGGCCAAAUGUGAAUUCUGAUGCGGGGCCAGAAGAGGAGAAUCUUUCGUCAAAUCUAUUACAAAAUUCUGAACGCAUGGAUUCGGCAAAUCUAUUAUCGGCAUCCAUCCAUCCAUCGUCGUCGUCGGUCUUUCCUAACGCUUACUAUUGGCAUAUUUGCGUCCUACGCACUAAUAUAUCUAUGUAUUUAUAUACAACGAGGGCCUUAAUUCUGAUACCUUCCCGUAAGAAGCUUCUGCUGCUAAUUAAGGAUGAACAAAUUACCAGGCAAAAAAGUAGCAGCAGCAUAAACAAAAGGCCUUUUGGUUUGGGUGGAAUAACAUAUCAUACAAGUAGGAGUAGUAGCAUGUCAGAGGGAUACGCGUCACUGGGAGAAUGAGAAACCUCAGAGGAGGUUCCAUUGAGAUUGAUGGGUACAGAAUCAAGGUUCGAAGUGGCGGUCGCGGUCACCUGGACCACAUUUGUCUCGCUAUAUUGGUUGCUUUUUCGAUGAAGCGUAAAUUUUUGAAAUAUUUAAUAUUUUAAAAAUUAUAAAAAAAAAUAUGAUAAAUAAAAAUUUAGUAAAAAUAAUAAUAUUUGGA